CUACUAAUUCCAUGGAUGGAUGAAGGAUUCAAUGGAUGAAGGUUAGAUGAAGUGAGUUAGAUGAAGAUAUUUAUUGACUUUGACUAACUACAAACGAAGUGACUGUGAAAUGUACCUAUUGAAAUAAAGUGAAUAUUAUUAUUUUCUCGAAUACAAUGUUUGCAUUUAAUCUAAUUUUAUAUACAAGGAGACUACUAUCGCUUUAUUCAAUUGUAUUACUUGUUACAUCUAUAGCUGUCGUUGCACCUGGUGUGAAUGACUUACAUUUUCACGAUGGGGCAUCUACAGUGGACGUAGUUGCUGGUGAUGUAUUUUUCGAGAUAUUAGACCCCCCAGAACUCAGAUAUUCAUACCGAAUCAGGCCGGCAAAAGAUUUUGGGACGACGUUUAAUGAAACACUUAGAUUUCAAAAAGCACGGUUGGUGCCCACUGUGCCUUUACACAGCUGUUCCGAUAUAGUCAACAAUGAAGAUAUUGUUGGACAUAUAGCUCUAUCAGAAAGAGGGGAAUGCUCAUUUGUUUUCAAAACGGCGAAGGCCCAGCAGGCGGGCGCAAGGGCUAUUAUAAUUACAGAGUCUGUGGAUAAAUGGGAUGAGUCACUAGACCAUUUAAUAGAAAUGGUUGACGAUAAGAUGGAUGUAGACGUCAAUAUUCCUGCAGGAUUCCUUCUUGGCCGCAGCGGGGCUACAAUCCUUCGCACCCUCCAAAGAUCAAGAAAAAAAUAUGCUGUAAUAAACUUACCUAUAAAUAUGACGCAUGUGCCUAUUAGCAAAAUGAACCAGCCGCCAUGGAUUGCAUGGUAACCAUUUUGGAACUGUGAUUAGCAUAUUAUCAUGUUGUUGUUUUAUAUAUUUUUAUUUUAAAAUGUUCCUGUGUCAUGGCCUAAGUCAUUAGUACAAAGAAGUAUUAUAUCUGACAGAUUUCAAUUUCUUCCAAGAUUGCAAGAAAAUACAAAGAUUGUAGAACUAUGUAUGCACUGGUGUACUUGAUUAUUGAUUACUACAUUAUAUAAUAAUAUGAAUGGUUUAACUUGAAUAUUUUGCAAUUAAAAAUACUAGUCAAUAAAAUAUUCUUCAAUCACAAUUUGACCGGGAUCGUUUUCAGUGCGACUUAUUUAUAAUUUACAUAACUAAUUUAUACAAAUUGUGGAAAAAUAUAAUUUAUAUAUUUUUUUUAUAACUUAAUGGUACCUCGUUAAGUACAUUUUAGUACGUUGGAUAUAGUCAGUCAGAUUUGUAUUUCAUCUGUGCGUGAGAGAGACAGAAUGAUUAGUUUCCAUCCUCGAAAUCUGAGACCUAAGACCUGUAAAUGUCAGUAGAGAUAUUAGGAAUAGGGGGAUAUUAGAUAUAUCCCAGUGAUAAUGCAAGUCACAUGUCAUGUGGCAAGAUAUUUUUUGUACCUUUUUGGACCAUUGUCCCUCUACCUCCAUGCCAAGGGCUCUUGUUUGUAAAGCAAUGAAGAUGGUUCAUAUUUACAUUUUAUCCCCAUUAUUCAUAAAAAACAUAAUAAGUUAACAUAAUUUAAGCUCAUAGGUUCUGUUGAGCGAGUGACAAAACAUAUUUUAAGCGUGUUUUAACUUUUUUAUAUGAAUAACGGGGUGUCUUUAAUACCCCAGAAAUGUAUUAGUGAUUAUUGUCUAUAUAAUUUGCAAGUUGUCCGGUUAUGAAUUACAGUUGUCCACAAUGAAAGGUAGACUAUGCCCUUCUCUGUACUCCUAACUAUAUUUACGCAUUUCAAGAAAAGCGGAUAAAUUAUGAAUAUGUAACGAACUGACUUACUUUCGGAUUUUCCUUCCAAACGAGUAUGUUAUAGUUAGGACAAGUAUGGUUUAGGGUCUGUGUACCUCUCAUAGCUGGUAAAUACCUGCCCCUUCUACUAACGUUAAUACUGACAAAAUCUACAUCCUGAUAAAGCUUGAAUUUUUCAAAAAGUAAAACGAAAGUGGAGUUAUUGAAUACAGAGGUUUGAUCCACAAAGAUCUGAAAAGAAAAAUCCCAUUUCUAUAGUAUCUAUAUGCUCACUUGAUUGUAUUUUGUGUUUUUUUCGUGCCAAAUAUAAAAUUGAUUGUUUUUUGUUUUCACAUGUAAAAUGUUUAUAUUAUUGUGAAACCAUUUUUAAAAUGCCGAAAGCAAUAAAGACCUACCUAUCUGAAA